GUUCGUGGAGUGAGUAUCGAGGUAGUCUCGUUUCCAAACGGGCGAGGAUGUCAAUUCGUGAUCGACGAGCGACUGUGAGAGGAUCGUCUAACGUCUAAGUCUAACCGCGCGUGCACGUCAUCGAUAUCCGGUAUCGAGAACGAGCCGAGGGUAAAAUUAAGAGUUGUACGCUCGACGUGAGCGAUAGGGGAAUACGAUCGACGCGUAUCAUAAUUGCAUCGCUGCUCUGCGAGCCACGUGGAUGCGGAAUACGUGUCGUCUCUCCCGUUUUCGGACAAGUUUUCGUCGCGAGCGAAGAGACGUCCUACGCAGUGAUCGGAGGAAUAAGCGACACAUUGGAUCGCGCCCUGUUCAUCCACAGUCGAGUCGCGUUCACGAGAAGACCGUCGUAUAACGGCCUUCCGUAAAUUUUCGCCCGAUAGUCAAUAUAACGCAAGAAAAAUCGCCAUUUAGACACGGAUCUAAGUUUUGUUCGGACUCGUCUUUGCGGGUCGUGUUGAGAUAUCUCGCUGCAGCGAGAUAUCGGAUUUAUUCCGACGAAGAUACGUCGAUCGGUGAGAGAAGCGUCUGCGACGGUGGAUCGAUAGCGAUCGAGGAGAGUAAUCUUCACGUUCGCCGGCGAAUCGCGCGGAUUGUGAUGCAAGCCGUUGAUUUCAUUAAAUUUCUAAUUUAAUUGAAGUGAAGUGCACGUGCAGUUUUUUCGAAGCGGCCCGAAAAUGGUGCCAACACAACAGGAUAGUCCCUCGAACUCGGGGAUACCCAUCGUAUUUGGAUCUUUACUGGUUGACCAAAAUUCACCGACGCCUUACUCAGAUGCGACUCAGACCAAGAAAAAUAAUCCGAACCGAAUCAAAAGGCCUAUGAACGCAUUCAUGGUUUGGUCGCAGAUGGAACGCAGAAAGAUCUGCGAAGUACAGCCGGACAUGCACAACGCCGAGAUCAGUAAGAAAUUGGGAAAAAAAUGGAAGUUGUUAUCGGAGGAAGCUAGGCAGCCCUUCAGGGAUGAGGCCGAGCGACUGAGGCAACUGCAUCAAAAACAAUAUCCAAAUUACAAGUAUCGACCUAGGAAGAAGACCUCGAAACCCGCGGAAGUCUCGAAAACAAAGGAAAGAAAGAGACCGCGAAAGUCAGCGUCAUUAUCAUUGACCCUGUCGUCGCCAUCGCCUUCGGCAUCGUCAUCGCCGUCCCCAUCACCGUCACCGUCGUCAUCGUCAUCGUUGUCGACGCCAUCAAACAGCCCGAUGGUGCAUACCUCAUACGUGGCUGCUUCCCCGAUGUCGCCGCCCUCGGCGGCACCCGCCGCUAGUCACGCAAGCAGAACGAGAAAUGAUAACAAUAAUAACAACACUCAACAACACACGUUGAAGAAACCGAUGAAGAGAUUGCAGACUCUGGUGAGCAAUAAACCGGUAUCUAGGCUGAACUCCAAGCAAGUUCGACUGUCCCUGGAGACUCUGGACAACCCAAUGCACUCUGAUGUGGAUUACACUUCGGCGCCGCCCAUAGUGACCGCUAAAGUGCCCACCAGCCCGACCUGUGACACCCCGGAUUCGCCGGAAUCCGCUACUUUCUACGAUGAUAAUUAUUCCUCAGAGUCCUCCACGGUCCACGCAAUCUACAAUGUCAUCCCUGUCAGCAAAAUCAAGCAGGAACCGAAGGUCGAAUUGGACAACACAAAUGAUUUCGCCAACAAGAACGUAAUCUUGCCCGAUAUAACGUCAGUGAUGCGAACGAACAACCGCGGAUAUUGCCGCGCAAAUUCGGCUUCUGGCAUUCGGCAAUCGACGACGAGUUUGCACAAUAAGGAGGAGAAGCUGAAGGAGGCGAUUUUCGGCAUGAAACGAGAGACGAGCCCGUUCAGGACGUGGUCGCAACCUUUGAUGAUGGACGCGGUCAUUCCAUCCAAUACGUUACUCGCGUCACAAUCGCCCGUCAUGUCAUCUAUUCUAACGACCACGACGACUGGCACUACGGGAGUCCUUCUCACCGAUGACUCUUUGCUCCCCGAUGAUUCCUUCGGUAACAUUGGUUGCUCGGUUAAACUCGAGGAACUGAUAAGCAACGCCGAAUUGUCCGACGAUCUGUCCGAACUGGCUGACUUGGCGACCAUAGAAGAAAUGGAGGAUAUAAAGGACAUGGACUUUACAUCAUCCAGUACUGACAUCAUGGCUAUACUUCUCAACCACAGCAACGAUUGGGCUCCGUCAAACUUUUGAAAAAUCAAAAAAAUGAUUAAGAAUAACAGAUAAGCAAUGGACAUCUUAUUCAGCUUCAGUUUAUAUGCAACGCUUCUUUCACGAAGAGGAAUCGUUAGUAUCUUUGUCAACCGCAUUACGGGUUGCUGUUCUCAGGAUGGAUUAGUCUUCUUCGUGAACAGAAAGAGAAGUUUGUGUCCGUGAUACCCCGCGAGCAUCUCGCGAACCGAUCAAUUUGAAGAUCUCGGCUAAAGAUGUUGGUGACGAUAAGGCGUUAUCGUGACUGCUAGCGUCGAGCUUUUUUCCCGUACGAAUCACAUGUUCUCAAUUUUCGAAAGACGGUCGAAUGUAUCGUCAUUUGCCAUCGCGUGUCUUCGUCUUUUGUACUUGGCGCUCGAGAAGAUAUUGCUCCUCGAAAAUGUACGCCUCCACGAUUUUUUCUCGAAUGACGCGCGUCGUGGCUUUCGUGUCUCUUUUGUAUUUAAUGCAGGCGAGUGUUCGCGAGACCAAUCAUUAUAUUGAGUCGGAAUGUCUCUUCGAGGGGAAGAGAUACGAUCGUUUGGGUUGUAGUUAACUUCAACCGUACAAUCUUUGCGGAUAGCGAGAUAUUCGUAGAAUGGAUGAGAAGUAAUAGCAAGAAGAGCUAGCCUGAUGAGAAGAAAUAGCAUGAUGAGAAGUAGCCUUAGCCUUAACAUAAGCUAUUAAGAUAAAUUUAAAAGAAAGGGCGUUAGACUUGGCUUUGUUUUACAGUUUUUUUUGUCUUGGAGAAAUUUAUGGAAAAUAUUUAGGACUCUCCAUUAUCUCGCUACAGGCCGGAAGAGACGUUUGCCGUCAUGAUUGCAGAACAUCAGAGAUUUGAUACUUGAGAUUUGAUACUAGUGCUGAACUUUUUUUACGAACUAGUCCGCCAAUAUUAAAUUUUUAGAUAUUUAAAGCGAUUGUAUUUUCAUUGGCUCUUUUCGUAUUUCGAAUAUCAGCACAGCAAGAUUGGUAAAGUUUUUACUUCAACAAAGAACUGGCGAAUCAUCUUCGCAGCAUUAACGGUCGUUGAAAAAGAAAAGAAAAAGAAGAAGAAGACGAACGAUAGCCACGAUGAGUGACGGUUUCGAGAGCCAGAUGUUUUUCUUUUUUUUUGUAUAUGUAUUGUAGUAUACUUUUGUAUGAAGAUAGAUAUCGGUAAGCGUGGGUGUGGGCGAUUGGGGUCGCGCGGAUCGAAGACGGAUCGAGAAGGAAAUUCGAAGGAAAACAAAGUUUUGAUUUUUCACGAAACGGUUCCUCGUCUCUGCGCGACUCGCAACUGUCCACUUUUUGUUGUUUGACUUUUUAUGCCGAGAAAAUGUGUAUUUAGUAGUUAUGCCGAGAAAAUGUGUAUUUAGUAGUUAUACUACGGAUGUGUAUUUAGUAGAAUAUAAUAUAUAUUGGAGAUAUAUAAGUAUAAACACACACAAUCUCUCCAGCAAUGGUGCGUAACGCGCACGCAUUGUGCGUGACAUCGGCGUUCUUUCUAAAUUCAGAGAAGAAUUCAUUAGAAUUAUCACCUAAAAUUAUAGCAUAGAAUGAUAAGGACGCGGAAUUAAGUUAAAAUUACGAUUAAAUUAAAUAUAAUAAAGAUAAGUAAUUAGUAAUUAAUUUAAAUUGAGAUGAGAAGAGAUGAGAAUGGGAUGAUCAGGCAGAAUUAACGUUAAGAUGCUGCAAAGAUGGAUACAUAUGGCGGAAUUAUUUUUUCAUCGCUUUUGAUAGAGAUUUUGAUUUGUUUUUGUUCUUCUUUAUACUUUUAUUAUUAUAUUCUGCACUUUUCUGCAUUUUAUUAAAUUGGGACGAUGUUGAAAUGGAAAUCGGAAAAAUUUCAAUUUAUUUUAUUUUUUUUUCUUAUUUGUAUUUAUGUCUCCUGAUAAAUGAUUAAGGCAAAGUGCGACGUCACACCGUAUGAUAAAUUAGGAGUGGAAAUAAGGACCUCUACUUGAUUAUUAUAAAUGAUUCUGGGUACCCCACGGGAACCUGUAGAAUCGUAUCUUCACGCAAAGUGGAAUGAAUGCGGGAAGGAUGUUGAUCGGCAUAAUACGCGUGCGUUGCUGCUACUGCUACUUUCGUACAUAUAUAAAAUAUGUAUAUUAUAUGUAUAUGAAAUAAUGAUAUGGAUGUUGAAAAGUGAAUAAUUCGCGAGAUAUAUAAAUAUAUAUAUCGCUACGUCGACGAUAAUCGCUUUGUCCUCCCGCGAGAAACGGCGAAGCGAUCGGCAAAAGCGAUCAUCGGAAAGCUCCCUCGUGAAAGGAACAACUUGUCGAUUUGGAACAGGCAAAUGAGAUAGAACGAUACGGCUAGUGUGACGAUCGAUCGUACGUAACUCUCGUGCGAAUUGACAGAAUAAUUUCUCGAGACACUUUGAGAAUUUGUUCAAAAUAUUCGCAGACGUAUCCUCGAGAUAUCCUGACAUCAAAGAAUAUUUUCUCCGGAUCGUCAUACUUUCGGGGGAUACUUUCGACGAGGCUAUUCUUUCGUCGGGUUCCGCUAUCUUUUCGGUAUCCCUCUCCAACUGUGCGCAUCCCCGAGAUUCGAGAAAGGAAAAAAAAAGAAAAAAAAAAGAGAAAAUGUGUGCUCGCGACGAAGGUAAGUCCGAGGGAGGAAAGCGCGAUCGCUUCGAUCGAGAACGGGAACGAGCACAUACACACCACACACGUACACGCACCAUACGCACACGCAUACACAUGUACAUGAAAGAUAACGCGCGAGCGUUUCUCCGAUCGAUCGCUUGCACGAUCGACGCUGAAUCCAGCGGUUAAGAUCCAGCGACGGCAUCGGGCGGCGAUCGAGCGAGCCACGCUUGGUUGCGCGAGAGCGCACGGUUAUCGAUAUAUCAAACAUUUGAUCUCAUAGUCUCCUUUACAUUUACGUUCGCGUAGCGGUUAAUUUCCGACGAUUGUUCGUAAACGGUGAUUAGCGAUAGUCGCACCGAUACCAGCGAGUUCACUACCAGCCGUUUUUUUUUUAUUUUUCUGUAAGAUUUAUCAUGCUAUGUUUCCGAGCAUA